CUCCGUUCGGCUGAAUCACUUCACCCAUCAUCAUUCCCAGAAUGCACAGUGAGACGCUGAAACACGACCAGCCUCUGGACGCGCUGCUUAUCAUGGCGAUAUAACAUCUUUUCUUCCCCCUCGCCCCGAGACCUCCCGGCAGCAACUCAAGGGUUUCUGCCUCCGCUUCAUGAAAACACACGCUGCGCCCGGUGCAGAGCGGAGAGCCGCCGCCGCCGGAGAUUCAUUCCAGAUUGGAGGAAGGACUUAGCGACGAGCGAGCGUCAUGGCAGCGUCGGAGCUGUACACAAAGUCUGCUCGGGUUUGGAUCCCCGACGCGGAGGAGGUGUGGAAGUCUGCCGAGCUCGCCAAGGACUACAAAAAUGACGACGCCUCGCUUCAGCUCAUGCUGGAGGAUGGAACGACCAUUGAUCACAAGCUGGACCCCAAGACGAAGAACCUGCCUUACCUGCGGAACCCGGACAUCCUGGUGGGCGAGAACGACCUCACUGCCCUCAGCUACCUCCAUGAGCCCGCCGUGCUCCACAACCUUAAAGUCCGCUUCAUUGACUCAAAGCUCAUCUACACCUACUGCGGAAUCGUUCUCGUGGCCAUCAACCCGUACGAGACGUUGCCGAUCUAUGGAACGGACAUAAUCAACGCCUACAGCGGGCAGAACAUGGGAGACAUGGACCCACAUAUCUUUGCCGUGGCAGAGGAGGCUUACAAGCAGAUGGCAAGAGAUGAGAGAAACCAGUCUAUUAUCGUGAGUGGAGAGUCCGGAGCAGGAAAGACUGUCUCAGCCAAAUAUGCCAUGCGGUACUUUGCUACAGUCAGUGGUUCUGCCAGUGAGGCCAAUGUAGAAGAGAAGGUUCUGGCUUCCAACCCCAUCAUGGAGGCCAUCGGAAACGCAAAGACCACCCGGAAUGACAACAGCAGCCGCUUUGGCAAAUACAUCGAGAUCGGCUUUGACAAUCGAUAUCGCAUCAUCGGGGCCAACAUGAGAACAUAUCUGCUGGAGAAAUCCAGAGUGGUGUUCCAGGCGGACGAGGAGAGGAAUUACCAUAUCUUCUAUCAACUCUGUGCAUCAGCUAAUCAGCCUGAGUUCAAGAAUCUGAGGCUAAGCACCGCAAACGACUUCCUCUACACCAGGCAGGGCCGCAGUCCCGUCAUCGAAGGUAUAGACGACGCCAAAGAGCUUCGCACCACUCGCCACGCCUUCACACUUCUGGGUAUAAACGAGUCGUAUCAGAUCGGCCUGUUCCAGGUCUUGGCUGCUAUUCUUCACCUUGGAAACGUGGAGAUAAAAGACAGAGACUCAGACAGCAGCCUUAUUGCUCCCAACAAUCGUCACCUGACGGCGUUCUGUGAGCUGGUGGGCGUGACCUAUCAGGACAUGUCCCAGUGGCUGUGCCACAGGAAGCUGAAGACGGCCACAGAGACCUACAUCAAGCCCCUGCCCCGGCUUCAGGCCACCAACGCUCGCGACGCUCUGUCCAAACAUAUCUAUGCCAAGCUGUUCAGCUGGAUCGUAGAGCAUGUGAACAAGGCUCUGGUCACCAACGUCAAGCAGCACUCCUUCAUUGGAGUCCUGGACAUCUAUGGGUUUGAAACGUUUGAAAUCAACAGCUUUGAGCAGUUCUGCAUCAACUACGCAAAUGAAAAACUGCAGCAACAGUUCAACAUGCACGUGUUCAAGCUAGAGCAGGAGGAGUACAUGAAGGAGCAGAUCCCCUGGACUUUGAUCGACUUCUAUGACAAUCAGCCCUGCAUCAACCUCAUAGAAGCUAAAAUGGGCAUCCUGGAUCUGCUGGACGAGGAGUGCAAGAUGCCGAAAGGUUCUGAUGACUCCUGGGCUCAGAAGCUGUACAACACCCACCUGAAGACUUGUUCCCUGUUCGAGAAGCCGCGCAUGUCCAACCGCGCCUUCAUCAUCCAACAUUUUGCUGAUAAGGUUGAGUAUCAGUGUGAGGGUUUCCUGGAGAAGAACAAGGACACAGUAAACGAAGAGCAGAUCCAUGUGCUGAAGGCCAGCAAGAAGUUCGACCUGCUGGUGGAGCUGUUCCAGGAUGAGGAGAAGGCGACCACCCCCACCGGUCAGGUGCCCGGCACCGGGGGCCGGACCCGCCUCAGCAUCAAACCGGACAAGGGCCGGGACACGAGCAGCAAGGAGCACAAGAAGACAGUGGGCUGUCAGUUUCGUAACUCGCUCCAGAUGUUGAUGGAGACUCUGAAUGCCACCACUCCACACUACGUCCGCUGCAUCAAACCCAACGACUUCAAACUGGCCUUCUCGUUUGAUCCAAAGCGAGCAGUGCAGCAGCUCAGAGCUUGUGGCGUCCUGGAAACCAUCCGCAUAUCUGCGGCCGGCUUCCCGUCCAGAUGGACGUACCAGGAGUUCUUCAGUCGCUACAGAGUGCUGAUGAAGCAGAAAGAUGUACUCCCUGAUAGGAAGCUGACCUGCAAGAACGUUCUGGAGAAAUUAGUACAGGACCAGGAUAAGUAUCAGUUCGGUAAAACUAAGAUCUUCUUCAGGGCCGGCCAGGUGGCGUACCUGGAAAAGCUGAGAGCGGACAAGCUGCGCGCCGCCUGCAUCCGCAUCCAGAAGACCAUCCGCUGCUGGCUGGCACGCAAGAAGUACCUGCGCCAGCGCAGCGCCGCCAUCACCAUUCAGAGGUUCACCAGGGGAUACCAGGCCCGCUGUUUGGCAAAGUUCAUGCGGCGCACUCAGGCGGCCACCAUCAUCCAGAAGUACCAGAGGAUGUGUGUGGAGCGGAAACGCUUCAGGCAGAAGCAGGCUGCUGCGCUGGCCAUGCAGACCAUCCUCAGAGCCUACAUGGCCCGGCAGAAGUACCAGGCGCUGCUGCGGGAGCACAAGGCGGUCAUCAUUCAGAAGCACGUCCGCGGCUGGUUGGCCCGCUGCUGGUACAAGCGCUGCCUGGAGGCCAUCGUCUACCUGCAGUGCUGCAUCCGCAGGAUGAGAGCCAAGCGGGAGCUGAAGAAGCUGAAAAUCGAGGCUCGCUCGGUGGAGCACUUCAAGAAGCUCAACAAAGGCAUGGAAAACAAAAUCAUGCAGCUGCAGAGGAAGAUCGACGAGCAGAACAAGGACAACCGGGUGAUCAGCGAGAGACUGGUCUCUCUGGAGAGUUCGUACGCCUCCGAGAGCGAGCGCAUGCGCGGCGAGCUGGGCCGCCUGCGAGGGGUGGAGGAGGACGCCAAGAACAAAACCAACCAGGUGUCGUCUCUGCUGGAGGAGCUGGAGAAGCUGAGGAAGGAGCUGAGCGUCACGCAGCAGGAGAAGAAGACCAUCGAGGACUGGGCGCAAAAGUACAGGGACGAAAUGGAAAAGAUGGUUUCCGAGCUGAAGGACCAGAACGGCCUGCUGAAGAAAGAGAAAGACGACCUGAACCGGAUGAUUCAGGAACAGAGUCAGCAGAUGACAGAGAAAAUGACUCGCGCGAUCGCGCAGGAGACCCAGCAGCUGGAGACGGAUCUGAACGAGGAGCGCUCCCGCUACCAGAACCUGCUGACCGAACACCUGCGCCUGGAGGAGAAAUACGACGACCUGAAGGAGGAGCUGGCUCACUCCACGAACGUCUCCAAACCGGGCCACAGGAGAACAGACUCCACCCACAGCAGCAACGAGUCGGAGUACACGUACAACUCAGAGUACGCCGAAUUAGAGGACGGUUCCCGCGUUGGCGAAGACGUGACACGAGGAAUGGACACCUCGCUGACCCUGAAGCUGCAGAAACGCGUUACGGAGCUGGAGCAGGAGAAGCAGUCGCUGCGCAACGAACUGGAGAACAGAGAGGAGCAGUUCCAGCGGGCUAGAGCCAGGGAUGAUGCACAGUUCAGGAAGGCUCGUGGUGCAGAGCUGGAGUACGAGUCCCUGAAGCGUCAGGAGCUGGAGUCGGAGAACAAGAAGCUGAGGCACGACCUGGCCGAGAUGAGGCAGAGCCUGCUGGGCGGCGCGGCCGCGGGCGCCGGCGCGCCGGGCUCGCCUGCUUACAAGGUGCUCCUGGACCAGCUCAACGCUUCCUGUGAGGAGCUGGAGGUCCGCAAGGAGGAGGUGCUGAUCCUGCGGUCCCAGCUGGUCAGCCAGAAGGAGGCCGUGCACCACAAGGAUGAGAAGGAAACCAUGACGGAGCCUUCGGUGUUUGCUCAGGAUGUGAACAAACUGAAAGACGCCGACGAGUUGAAGCAAGCCUACGUGGGGCUCAAAGACACCAACAGAUCCCCCAGAUCAGUGCGUCCAGCGCUGGAAGUCAGUGACCUCCUGAGUAGGCUGAGGCUGCUGGAGCAGCAGCUGCAGGCCCAGCGGAGGACGUACGACAGCGAGGUGGAGUCGCUGCGCGGCGAGCUGCAGAACGUGAAGGAGGAGAACAACCGGCAGCAGCAGCUGCUGGCCCAGAACCUGCAGCUGCCUCCCGAGGCCCGGAUCGAAGCCAGCCUGCAGCACGAGAUCACCCGGCUCACCAACGAGAACCUGGAACUCAUGGCCGACGACCCCACAGCGUCCAGAGAGGCUCGAGUCAUCAUAUUACGGCGGAUGGUUGAUCUGAUGGAGCAGCUGGAGAAGCAGGACAGAACCAUCCGGAAGCUGAAGAAGCAGCUGAAGGUUUAUUCCAAGAGGAUCGGAGAGAUGGGGGCGGGUCACACCGAGGGACAGACGUCUCCGGGACAGAUGGUGGAGGAGCCCAUCCACCCAGUCAACAUCCCCCGCAGGGAGAAAGACUUCCAGGGAAUGCUGGAGUACAAGAAGGAGGAUGAGAUGAAGCUGGUUAAGAAUCUCAUUCUGGAGCUGAAGCCUCGCGGCGUAGCCGUGAAUCUGAUACCAGGUCUGCCGGCCUACAUCCUGUUCAUGUGUCUGAGACACGCAGACUACGUCAACGACGACCAGAAGGUUCGGACUCUUCUCACGUCGACCAUCAACAGCAUCAAGAAGAUCCUCAAGAAACGAGGCGAUGACUUCGAGACCGUCUCGUUCUGGUUGGCCAACACCUGCCGCUUCCUGCACUGUCUGAAACAAUACAGCGGAGAUGAGGCCUUUAUGAAGCACAAUACAUCCAGGCAGAACGAGCACUGCCUGUCCAACUUUGACCUGGCAGAGUACAGACAGGUGAUCAGUGACCUGGCCAUCCAGAUCUACCAGCAGCUGGUCAAAUGCAUGGAGAACAUCCUGCAGCCAAUGAUAGUGUCUGGGAUGUUGGAGCAUGAGACCAUCCAGGGCGUGUCCGGAGUGAAGCCCACAGGUCUCCGCAAGCGGACGUCCAGCAUCGCCGACGAGGGGACCUACACCCUGGACUCCAUCCUGCGGCAGCUCAGCGCCUUCCACUCCACCAUGUGCCAGCACGGCACCGACCCCGAGCUCAUCAAGCAGGUGGUGAAGCAGCUCUUCUACAUCAUCGGAGCCGUCACGCUUAACAACCUGCUGCUGCGCAAGGACAUGUGCUCCUGGAGCAAAGGCAUGCAGAUCAGGUACAAUGUGAGCCAGCUGGAGGAGUGGCUAAGAGACAAAGGGCUGAUGAACUGUGGAGCCAAAGAGACCCUGGAGCCUCUGAUCCAGGCCGCCCAGCUGCUGCAAGUGAAGAAGAAGACGGACGAGGACGCCGAGGCCAUCUGCUCCAUGUGCCACGCCCUCACCACCGCUCAGAUCGUAAAGGUCCUGAACCUCUACACUCCGGUCAACGAGUUCGAGGAGAGAGUUUCAGUUGCUUUCAUACGAACCAUACAGACCCGCUUGCGAGACCGCUGCGAGAGUCCCCAGCUGUUGAUGGACACCAAAAUGAUCUACCCGGUCACCUUCCCAUUCAGCCCGUCCUCCCUCGCCCUGGAAACGAUCCAGAUCCCCACCUCCCUGAACCUGAGCUUCCUCACCAGGGUGUGAGCUGAAAAAACCCCCCCGGCCUCGACCGCCGCUGCCACCUACUGGCCCCGGACAGAUUAUAAAUUAUAAUUAUAGCAAAAGCACUUCAAUAAAAUGUGGACGAACACAAUCUGAAAAAACAUUUUUCUGUCUAAACGCUGACAUGCACACACAUCGGUGUCACUUUCUAAGCUUGUGUCGCUCGGAAACGCGCGCUGCUCGCCCCGUGCUCUCCAUUAAACGCCUGUAUAAACGCCUCGACCCGUAGAGAAGCCACUGGAUCCAAUCAGUCAUCAGUGUUACCGAUCCUUCCUCAGUGUUUCCCGUCAUCGUUAAGCUCGCUGCUGUUCACGUCUGAGUCACGAGAGCAAAGCAGGCAGGGAUCUCAUCACACGGAGCUAAUUAGCAAACUAUCGCAAAAACAGCCGAGCGAUCAGGUUUUCUCCCCCUCUGAGCACAGUCAAGCCAAGACGAGACAAAACUCAUUGUCUGUACUAUAUUAUUUAUACACAAAGAUAUCUAUAUAGAAAUAAAUAAUAUAUAUCUCGUAUUUUAUUUAUUGAAAUUAUGUUGCCAGCCUCAAUGUUUAAAGAAUACUGAACAGCUUUGUUCUAGCUGCACUGACGAACAAUAUUUAUGUCCUAAUAGAUAAAUUAUAUCAUAGUUAGAAGGUCUGGCGCAGAUUUUCAUUCGCUGUGUCUUUAACUCAGAUGUUUAAUGUUUAUUUCGGGCAGAAGUGAGGAGAGUCUAUAUGAAGGGUUAAACUUUGCUGAGGGCUUUAACCUACGAUGAGCUCCACUGUUUACAGCUCUGACCAGAACCAAGAAGACAAACCAGGAACAUUUAAACUACGGAAGCCCCAAUGUGCCACAAAUUCAUAAAUCAAAACCUAUUUACUUAUGUCAUUAUUAAAGUUGCUGCAUUUUAUAAAUAAGCAAAUUCCCAAUUAUGCAUCUCAAUUGUGAAUAUCUGAAUCGUUAAAUGUGAAAUUCUGUAAUUAACCAUAUUUGAUCAUAUUUUACAGUUAAGUGUGUGAAUGUCAGUAAUCAGUUAGCACUGUGUUGCGUAAACAUUGCUCCAGUUUCCUGCGCAGUGUUGGCUCCGCCCAAUAGCAAGCCAGAAAUUACUAACAGUGAAAUAAUCAUUUAUGCUUUUCAUAUAAAAUGCUCAUGUUUGCCAUAUAUUUUUGAAGACAUUACUUACAUUUACUUCUAAUUUUGAUGAAUUGGAACACAUUGAACUAAUCGAGUGAUAUAUUUAUUGAAUUGUGUCACUUUUGGACUUCCAUAUUCACCAUACCACCAACACUGCAGUAAAAGCACAGAUCUGUACGUACGACAUUAAAUUCAGUUUCUGUUUCUCCUUACAUUCUUCUGGUCAAGGCCUUGGAAAAUGUUCCCGUUUAUCUUUGUGUGCGUAUUUAUUUCAGUAUUGCCAUUUGUUUAGGGUUGUUUGUAUUGUAAAGCCAUAUAUUACUGAGCAGAACGAAGAGACAUUUGUUGGUUUUUUUUAAGUAUGUUUUGCAGAAAUUGCCUGAUAUCUGUUCUAUGUUACACUUUCUCUGCUUUACACCCACUUUUGCCUUCCUGUUUUUGUGACACAACAUGGGCAUUUGUCACAAAUAACCAGCAGAUUAUUUUUUAUCAUCGCUGUCAUUUUAACUGCUGGCUCAGUGCUUAUCCGUUAGUCUUUUUUAUUAUUAUUAUUCACUGUACAAAUUGUUUAGCUUCAGAUAUCUUUACAUACUUGGUACUUUAGCAAAGCAUAAGGCAUGAAGUGCUGCUGCUUCGUUCGUGUGACCUGCAUGGUUUAGGCUUUCCAGACGUCACCAGCUUGAGAAAAGGAGCCUGCAUGUUAGGAAAACUAGAGAGUGGAGUCGAGUUCACCAGGAAAUCUGCCCAUGUUGUGACAAAGACUCGUCCGUCUUCCUCUGCUCUGUCUUUUCUGCACUUUCAGCCUACUUCCUGUUGUGCCGUUUGUGCUUAAAGUGAGCCAUGUUCUGCCUCUUCUCCUCCUCUUUUGAUCAUUAUUUCACCAAAAACUCACCAAACGCUUAGUAAAAUACUGUUUCUGUUUGGAUAGUCCAGUUGCAAGGUUUCUGUUGGAACUGGACUUUUGAGGCAAAUGAGAUGGGGAAAAAAAAAGCGAGCAGAGACAUCCUGAUUGGAUUAAAGAGAAAGCGCGACGUUUAGAGAUGCACCAAUCAAAUUGCUCGAGAUCGGAAUCUGCCUACUGUUUUGUUUCUUUUUCUUUUUUGGCAGGUUUAAUACUGAAAAAAGGGUAUUGAAUGCAUCGACCACUGUUUUCAAUCAUCAGCAUUUACAUUUAAUGUGCUUUAUCUUGAAGAAAAAUUUAAGAAUUUUAUGCUUUCAUUUUUAGGAUAUGUACCCCUUAGAAGAAAAACCCUAAAUCGGUAAAAAUAUAUCGACCUGAAACGGCCUGACCGGACUAUCGGCAGUGACGUUUUUACGUUAAAAACAUCCGUCUGCUCUCACUGGGACCACAUUUAAUAAUUCAGCCUUUUGUUUGUCUGGGUUUGUUUGUUGUGCAACAUUUCUGGCUUCAGUGCCACGAGGUCAUAUCUGCUGUUUGUGUUUGUGAAGGACAGCAACAAAGGAGUCGAUCUACCAUUUGAAUGUUCAUGUUCUAUCAAGUGUAUCAUGAGUUUUAGCUGCACAUUGUAGAAGAAGCCUUAUCUGACUUUACUGGUUAUGUGAAUGACUUACACACACACACACACACCCAUUGUGUUCUCCCAGUGCAGGUUUUCUUUUUGUUCUCUCGCUGUUAAAUGAGUAGAAGUUGUAUAAAAUGUGAUCAUGCUGUUCUGAUGACGCCUCUCCUCAUCCAGCAGCUGGUGUAACACAGAUGGUUUGAACUGUUUAUUGAUGACUUUGGGCUGGAAAAACUGAUUUAACAAAACAAAAACUCCCGCACUCAGUGGGAGCCACGACGCUCACCCAUCGGUUGGUUUGUUUGAGAAGGAAAACGCCGUCAUCGCUUCGGUUUCCGUUUCCACACCCAGCAGAAAGCUGAGUGCAAGAUACGACCCAGACGUUACAAAUUAUCAUUGUUCUCAGCAGCACUAAGAGUUAAUUGUGAAGAUUAAAUAAACAACAAAAACUAAAUAAAAAUACAAAUAGUUCGGAGCCCGGCUGUGGCGGUACUGGUGCAAACAUGCUGAAGACGGUACCGGAUGUUUCCCUCUUUAAAUCAUUGUGUACAUUUGACGAACUGGACUGUUUGUAGUUUCUGGUAGCUGUGCUUCGUGAAUGUGUUCACCGUUAGCAAACUUGGAAUAAAAUUUCAACUCUGUAAGUAAAAUAAAAGAAUUCAGCACUGCUA